AUGAAGCAAGUCAACUUGUCCUUCGUGGCCUGUGGCUUUCUGGGCAUCUACCACUUGGGGGCAGCGUCUGCACUCCGCAGACACGGCAGAAAGCUCCUGAGAGCCGCCCAGGCCUUCGCCGGCGCUUCUGCGGGAUCCUUGGUGGCUUCUGUCCUGCUAACCGCGCCAGAAAAAAUAGAGGAAUGUACUGAAUUUACGUACAAGUUUGCUGAAGAAACUAGAAGGUUGUCUUUUGGUGCAGUAACACCCGGUUAUGACUUCAUGGCCCAACUGAGAGGAGGAAUGGAGACGGUUCUCCCCACCAACGCCCAUGAACUAGCCCAGAAUCGACUACACGUGUCCAUCACCAACACCAAGACCAGAAAAAACCACCUGGUCUCGCACUUUUCCUCCAGGGAAGUCCUCAUUAAGGUUCUCUUAGCUAGCAGUUUCGUGCCCAUUUACGCAGGGCUGAAAGCAGUGGAGUACGAAGGGCAGAAGUGGGUGGACGGCGGCUUCACCGAUAGCCUUUCUGUCCUGCCUACAGGGCGGACGGUCACCGUCUCGCCCUUUGGUGGCCGAUCAGACAUCUCUCCGCAGGACAAGGGGCAGCCGGAGCUGUACAUUAAUAUCGCCAAUCAGAACUUAAUCCUGUCAGUGGCCAAUCUGGUGAGGCUCAACCAAGCCCUUUUCCCACCGAGCAAGAGGAAAAUGGAAUCCCUGCACCAGUGUGGCUUCGACGACACCAUUAGGUUUCUACUAAAAGAAAACUGGUUUGAGUAGAAUGCUUACAAGUUUAUAAUUCAAAACAGAUUUCAGACAUUUUGGGAUGCAGAGUUCUAAUUAAAUAUAUUUUCGAAAAAAUCUAUCAGGACCUUGUCGUAAGUAAGGAAACGAGGCAUUUUAUUAGAUUUUGGCAACCUUGUUAAGAAGGGAACACCAAGGGGAUGGGGAAUCAGUUUCAGGGGAUGGUAAAUCAUGAUUUUUAAACCGUGGCAGGUUGAACAUGGGGGCUGCCAUGAAGACUUUUGCGGAGAAUGGCAGCAUGCCUUCCACAAAAAGCAUGGGCGUCCUUUCACCCGGAACUGAAGGGAACUUAUUUAUGCUCAGCCCCAACCAGGCCCCCAGGGGAAGCCGCUGUCCAGGGUCCUGGCAGUGGGAGCCAGGGGCAGCCUCUCCAAAGACUUGACAAGUGUCAGCUGAACCCAGGUUGGCUUUCCGGGUAGAUGCGUGCU